AUGGCUAUUAUAAAGCACUUCAUAAAUAUCUGUUGUAAGGUAUUAUUAGAAGCACAGAAAGAACUAGUGGACUACAAAGGACUCGGUAUCAGUGUUCUUGAAAUGAGCCAUCGGACCUCAGAUUUCACAAAAAUUUUAAAUACAGCUGAAAAUCUCUUGCGUGAAUUGCUAAAUAUACCAGAAAACUACAAAGUUAUGUUCCUCCAAGGAGGUGGAUCUGGUCAGUUCAGUGCAGUGCCACUUAAUCUCAUCGGUUUAAAGGAGGGAAGACAUGCAGAUUAUGUGGUUACUGGGGCUUGGUCAGCAAAAGCAGCUAAAGAAGCAGAGAAGUAUGCCAAAGUUAAUAUUGUUCAUCCAAAACUAGGAACCUAUACAAACAUUCCUGACCCAAGCACUUGGAAUCUUAAUCCAGAUGCAUCUUAUGUCUAUUACUGUGCUAAUGAGACUGUUCAUGGUGUGGAGUUUGACUUUGUACCUGAUGUCAAAGGAGCAGUCUUGGUUUGUGAUAUGUCAUCAAACUUCCUGUCCAGACCUGUGGAUGUUUCCAAGUUUGGCGUGAUUUUUGCUGGUGCUCAGAAGAAUGUUGGCUGUGCUGGAGUUACUGUUGUAAUAGUACGUGAGGACUUGCUGGGAUUUGCACUGAAAGAAUGCCCCGUGGUACUGGAUUACAAAACACAAGCAAUGAAUGGCUCUUUGUAUAACACUCCACCAUGCUACAGUAUUUAUAUCAUGGGAUUGGUACUGGAAUGGAUAAAGAAUAACGGUGGAGCUGCAGCUAUGGAUAAACUUAGUUUAAUCAAAUCACGAAUGAUUUAUGAUAUUAUAGACAAAUCUAAUGGAUUCUAUGUAUGUCCAGUGGAGAAAAAGAACCGAAGCAGGAUGAAUGUCCCUUUCCGUAUUGGCAGUAUCAAGGGUGAUGAAGCAUUGGAAAAGAAAUUUCUUGAGAAAGCUGUGGAACUUAACAUGAUUUCUCUGAAAGGGCAUCGAUCUGUGGGAGGAAUCCGUGCCUCUCUAUAUAAUGCGGUGACUGUAGAAGAUGUUCAGAAGCUUGCAACAUUCAUGAGAAGCUUCAUGCAGAUGCAUCAGUCAUAAGUGCCCAUGGGCUAGAGCCAUGCUGCACAUCUAUGAAAUAAAAGCUAAAGGGUUUGAAAGUUACUGUGGUACUGCACAGCUGUAGCACACAAGUUUUAUUUUCUUUUAGUUUGUAGAGCUAUUUUAGUUAACUAGAGGGGAUUGAGGCCCAAUCUUGCAAUGACUUGGCAGCCUUGGCUUCACUGAAGGUGAGGAUCCCCAAGACUGAUCAAGAUUGGUUCCAAAAUUUGCAAAACAGUAUUCUUAACGUGUAGGUAAAAACAUGAGUAGUAUUGUAAGAUGCUGUGGAUCUGAGUCUGUUUCUUGCUUCUAGUCACAAAUGACUUCUGCAAUGCCUUGUUUUCAGUAAACGUCAGGAGGCAAAAUUUGUCAUAAGCUUUCUGUAACGCUUUACAAAUACUCUAACUGCACAGUGAAGCUAGAACUACUGUUAACUGUUCUCUAAGGAGAUCUAGUUGGUUUAUCAGAUAUAUUCCA